AUGCUGAGCAGCAUUUGGUUCCUCAGUGUGUUAACCAUGGCCGGGAUCUUACAGUCCGAGAGCCGCAAAACUGCCAAAGACAUUUGCAAGAUCCGCUGCCUGUGCGAAGAGAAGGAAAACGUACUGAAUAUUAACUGUGAAAACAAAGGAUUUACAACUGUCAGCUUACUCCAACCCCCCCAGUAUCGAAUCUAUCAGCUGUUUCUCAACGGAAACCUCUUGACCAGACUGUAUCCAAACGAAUUUGUUAAUUACUCAAAUGCAGUGACUCUUCAUCUAGGUAACAAUGGGUUGCAGGAGAUCCGACCUGGGGCAUUUAGCGGUCUGAAGACUCUCAAGAGACUGCACCUCAAUAACAACAAACUGGAGGUAUUGAGAGAGGACACUUUUGUAGGCCUAGAGAGCCUGGAGUAUCUCCAAGCUGACUACAAUUACAUCAGCACCAUUGAGGCAGGGGCAUUCAGCAAACUGAAUAAGCUCAAAGUGCUCAUCUUGAAUGACAACCUUUUGCUGUCUCUGCCCAGUAAUGUGUUUCGGUUUGUCCUGCUAACUCACUUAGACCUGAGGGGAAACAGGUUAAAAGUAAUGCCUUUUGCUGGUGUCCUUGAACAUAUUGGAGGAAUCAUGGAAAUUCAGCUUGAAGAAAACCCAUGGAAUUGUACCUGUGACCUACUUCCUCUCAAGGCAUGGCUGGACACCAUUACUGUUUUUGUUGGGGAGAUUGUCUGUGAAACUCCUUUCAGGUUACAUGGGAAAGAUGUGACCCAACUGACCAGACAGGACCUCUGUCCCAGAAAAAGUGCAAGUGCUGAUUCUAGUCCGAGGAGCAGUCAUUCAGACACUCAUGUCCAAAGACUCUCCCCUACAAUGAAUCCUGCUCUCAAUCCAACCAGGGCCCCAAAAGCAAGCCGGCCACCCAAAAUGAGAAAUCGUCCAACUCCACGAGUGACUGUGUCAAAAGACCGGCAGAGCUUUGGUCCCAUCAUGGUGUACCAGACCAAGUCCCCCAUGGCCCUCACCUGUCCCAGCAGCUGUGUUUGUACCUCUCAGAGCUCAGAAAAUGGUCUAAAUGUUAACUGCCAAGAAAGGAAGUUCACUAACAUCUCUGACCUACAGCCCAAGCCUACUAGUCCAAAGAAACUAUACCUAACAGGGAACUAUCUCCAAACAGUGUAUAAGAAUGACCUCUUAGAAUACAGUUCACUGGAUUUGUUGCAUUUAGGAAACAACAGAAUUGCAGUCAUUCAGGAAGGUGCCUUUACGAACUUGACCAGUUUACGCAGACUUUAUCUAAAUGGCAAUUACCUUGAAGUGCUGUAUCCUUCUAUGUUUGAUGGACUGCAGAGCUUGCAGUAUCUCUAUUUAGAGUAUAAUGUCAUUAAGGAGAUUAAGCCGCUGACCUUUGAUGCUUUGAUUAACCUCCAGCUCCUGUUUCUGAACAACAACCUGCUGAGGUCCUUACCUGAUAAUAUAUUUGGGGGCACAGCCCUCACCAGACUGAAUCUGAGAAACAAUCAUUUUUCACAUCUGCCUGUGAAAGGAGUUCUGGACCAGCUUCCUGCUUUUAUCCAGAUAGAUCUGCAAGAGAACCCAUGGGACUGCACCUGUGACAUUAUGGGGCUAAAGGACUGGACCGAACAUGCCAAUUCUCCUGUCAUCAUCAAUGAGGUGACUUGUGAAUCUCCCGCUAAGCAUGCAGGGGAGAUACUAAAAUUCCUGGGAAGGGAGGCCAUUUGUCCAGAUGAUCCUAGCUUGUCAGAUGGGACUAUUUUAUCAAUGAAUCACAACACAGACACACCUAGGUCAGUUAGUGUGUCUCCUAGUUCUUACCCUGAACUACACACUGAAGUGCCACUUUCUGUCUUAAUUUUAGGAUUGCUUGUUGUUUUUAUCCUGUCUGUCUGUUUUGGGGCGGGGUUGUUCGUCUUUGUUCUGAAACGUCGCAAGGGAGUGCCAACUGUUCCCAGGAGUGCCAACAACUUAGAUGUAAGUUCCUUCCACUUACAAUAUGGGUCUUACAACACUGAAACAAAUGACAAAGUUGAUGGUCACGUCUAUAACUACAUCCCCCCACCUGUGGGUCAGAUGUGCCAAAACCCCAUCUACAUGCAAAAGGAAGGAGACCCAGUAGCCUAUUACAGAAACCUGCAGGACUUCAGCUAUGGCAACCUGGAGGAGAAAAAAGAAGAGCCAGCCACACUUGCUUAUACAAUAAGUGCCACUGAGUUGCUGGAAAAGCAGACGACGACAAGAGAGCCUGAGCUGCUCUAUCAGAAUAUUGCUGAGCGAGUUAAAGAACUCCCCAGUGCAGGUCUAGUCCACUAUAACUUUUGUACCUUACCUAAAAGGCAGUUUGCUCCUUCAUAUGAAUCUCGACGCCAAAACCAAGACAGAAUCAAUAAAACGGUUUUAUAUGGGACUCCCAGGAAAUGCUUUGUGGGGCAGUCAAAGCCAGACCACCCUUUACUGCAAGCUAAGCGGCAAUCAGAACCAGACUACCUCGAAGUUCUGGAAAAACAAACUGCAAUCAGUCAGCUGUGAAGGGAAAUCAUUUACAACCCUAUAGCAUCAAAGGAUGCUUUCCAAACUGUUGGAAGUACUGCAUUUGCUUUUGUUGUGUCCUCCCUUCCCCAGUCCUAAUGACAGACUGAAAGCCUUGGGAAAAGGGGUGAAGCAAUGAUAUUGCUCUUGCAAGCUUUCCUUUAAAUUAUUUUACUCUUGAUCUCCCACCUCCACCCCCCUUCUUAGGAACCACCAGUGAACAUGAAUGUUUCUACACUGC